GUUUCUAAGAGGAGCGCGGGAGCUGAGAAGGGGAGGAUUGGUUACGUGCGGGCAAGGCCUAGAAAAGGUUGUUUUGCCCCCAGUGUCUCCUUGGGAGAGCGGUGCAGCUUCCCACGAGCUUCCCGACCUAACCUCCUGCUACCUCGCUGUGCGUCUCUGCCUCCUACGUGCCCAGGUUCCCGGUUUCAGAGAAGAUGACAGAGGAACUGGAUCUUAUGGCACAGGACUCUGAUGGGGGUAGUGAGGAAGUGGUCCUAACUCCUGCAGAGCUCAUUGACAGGCUGGAGCAGGCCUGGAUGAAUGAAAAGUUUGCUCCUGACCUGCUGGAAAGCAAGCCUGAAAUUAUAGAAUGUGUCAUAGAACAGCUCGAUCACAUGGAAGAAAAUCUCAGGAGAGCAAAGAAGGGGGACCUGAAGGUCAGUAUCCAUCGAAUGGAGAUGGAGAGGAUCCGCUAUGUCCUGAGCAGCUACUUGCGGUGUCGGCUCAUGAAGAUAGAGAAGUUUUUUCCUCAUAUCCUUGAAAAGGAGAAAACACGCAACGAGGGAGAGCCUUCGAGCCUUUCUCCGGAAGAGUUUGCCUUUGCCAAAGAGUACAUGACUAACACAGAAACCUAUCUGAAGAAUGUUGCCUUAAAGCAUAUGCCCCCUAAUUUACAGAAGGUGGACCUCUUGAGGUCAGUUCCCAAACCGGAUUUAGAUUCAUAUGUGUUUCUGAGAGUGAAAGAACGACAAGAAAACAUACUGGUAGAACCAGAAACAGACGAGCAGAGGGACUAUGUGAUUGACUUGGAGGAAGGCUCGCAGCACUUGAUCCGAUAUAAAACCAUUGCACCUCUGGUUGCUUCUGGAGCCAUACAGCUAAUUUAAAAACCAAAAAUAAAUAAGCAAGAAUGAAGACAUGGAACCUUAGAGAAAAUACUUAGAUACCCAUCAUAUCACUUUGUUCCUGAAGACAAGACUUCUUAGCAGUGCUGGGGCCCUGAGAAGGCGCUCAAAGCAGGAUUCUUAACUUGCUGCAUCUCCUACCUUUCCGCCGUUUUAGCCAGAACCAGCAGAUGGGGCCAUUACUCUGUUGAUUCUGCACACUGGACAAUUACAUGGAGACUUUGUGUGCCUUCCCUUUGUGGUAUUUUUUGAACUAAGGAAGGGGAGGUGAAGGUAGUUCAUAAAAAGGCAUCACUGCCUGUGAUUAGGGGACAGUCAUUAGCCUUGACCUCAUUCUGGCAGGAGAAUUCAUUUACUAGGAAGAGUAUAAAUAGAUUAAGGAAAACAGGUGUGGUCUUCUAUGCUAUGUCACUAACUUGUAUAAACCUUUUGGAACCUCUAAAUGGGACUUAAAAUCAAUUUCUCUCAUGCUUAACUGGGAGUCACAACUAACCCAGUAACCAUUAUUAAGUUUCAAUUUUGUGGCAGAAGAAACCUGGGGACAGUUCUCGGCUUGCAGUCUAAGGCUGCGUGUUUUACCUGCGGCUGACCUGCGGCCUUCUCUGAAUCUCAAGCAGCUUGGCCACGCCAGCCUCCAGGCCAUCUGGCCAUCCUUGGCCAGGGCCCUGUUAGCACAGCAACAUUAAUAUCCUAUAUUAUAACCUCAGAGAAACUUUUCUUUUUUAAGCACUUCACUUUCUCAAGGGAAAUGGAUUAAAUUAAUGUGAAUAGAGACUAUCACCAAGAUACCCGAAGGAGGGAUGUGAACAGUGAAUGAACCGUCUUUCUUUCCAACAUGAUUAAAAGCAGCUUAUAUUCCA